AAAAAGAAGAAGCCCAAAGGGCGCAGUACAUUAGUCUAGACAGUUGUCAGUGUGCUGGUAAAUUGUUGAAGUUGUUGUUUUGACAAAAUAUAUUCUCAUACGGAGUUAGAAAAAAAAUAUAUACUAGUUUGUGGACUGUCAAUUCUAAAUUUUCAGCAAAAGAAGAUGGAAGGAGAUGAGUGUGGGGGUUUUCCUCCAGAGCCGUCGGAGGGGAGCUCACAGAGAGGAAGUGUGGCAUCCUCUGUCACCCGCGGUCAGUUCCCUUUUUGUUUUGUCUGGUGUUUACAAUAUAGCAUUUUUGUCCCUCUCUGUGUUUUCUCAUUUGGAACAUGGUGUUUAAUAGCCUUGUGUAUAUAUCAAACUGAUUCAUGUAAGCUCAUGACAUCAUCGUGGCUUGCAGACGUUCCAUGUUUUGCAUUAGAUUAUUAUGUCGACUUCCAUCCCUGGCUUUGUUCUCCUACAGCUCAAGAUGUGCUUGUGUACCUGGUGGGUGACAGUGCAGUACACCUGUGUGUGGAGGGGGUUGCCUGUGUGAGUGUCCAGGAGCUAGGCCGCAGUGUCCGGGAGGCUCUCCACAUUCCUGAUUCUGCAAUGGAUGCCUUUGCCUUCUGGCUCUGCUCUCCUCUGCUCGAACUGCAGUUAAAGCCGAAGCAUCAGCCUUACAAACUGUGCCGCCAGUGGCAGGACCUGCUGUAUCGCUUCACUGAGGCCUCAGAGGAGGACAUAUCUCAAGAUGAGCCAUGCUUGCAGUACAGAAGGAAUGUGUUUCAUCCCAAGUCUAAAGAGCUGCAGAUUGAAGACGAGGGGGUGUUGAGACUACUUUACGACGAGGCACGGGUUAACAUCCUCGCUGGCCGCUUCCCCUGUGACCCUGAAACCUGGACGGGUUUGGGAGCACUGUCUUUUGCUAUGGAACUGGGAGUUGGUUUGGACGACCAGAAAGCCACUGCUGCUUUAAGAGAGAAGAAGCUGAUAUCCUUCCUGCCUGCACAUGUAUCAGGGGGAGGUGGGGGGCUGUUUUCUACCUUGAGGGGAAAAGGGGGCCGUCAGGCAGGGCUGGAGCACAACCUGUUGGAGGAGUAUCGCAAGAUCAGCACCUUAGGAAGCACCCCCCCGGAGCCCACUCAGCAUCUACGCCAGUACCUCAGCACAUGCCACUCUCUGCCUUACUAUGGGUGUGCUUUCUUCUCGGGGGAGAUUGACAAGCCAGCUCAGGGGAUUCUUCAUAGAGCAGGACGGAAAGCUGUCAAUGUGGGGAUUAGUCUGGAGGGGGUGUAUGUAAUGGACAUCAAAGAGAAGCAUGUGCUCCUGGGACUGCGUUUCAGUGAGCUGUCUUGGGACCACAGCUACCCCGAGGGGGAAGGUGACUCGCACAUCCUGUGGCUUGAAUUCGAUGGGGAGGAGGCCGGCACCCCUGUCAACAAGUUACUGAAGAUCUAUUCAAAACAAGCAGAACUUAUGAGCGGUCUUAUUGAGUUCUGUGUGGAGCUACAGUCUGCAGCCGAAGGAGGGGCGGCAACAGAAACGGACAAUGAUGUCAGUCUAUCCCAUCAGCCUGCUGGACAGGCAGGGAACAGUGACAGAGGAAGGGGCGGUCGGCGAGGGAAACUGCGCAGGCAGAGCAGUGUGGUGUGUAGUCGGGUCCAUACACUGAACACCAUCAGCUAUGUGGACAACGGUAAAGAAAUCAAACGCUUGAAGCCGAAGAGAGCUGCUUCCUUUUUCACCAGGCAGGCACAGCCACCUACAUACUCAUCAGUACAGGUGGAGCAAGGUUGAGCCUCCAUCUCUGAUCUAGGCACUGCUCUAUACUACCUGGAGACCAAAACUGAACAUGCAAGUUGAGAUUAAGGCUAAAAGAUAUGUAGGGAGUUGGUGAGGUUUAUCUUCUUGAUUGCAAAAAUACUAUGGACCAAGAGUAGGAUUUAAGUGUGAAUAAAUAUUUAUGGUUAAAUGUUGUGUAUAUGAAGUUACGUUCUUUAGGUGCUGGAACGUGACAUUGAGUGGCAUUGCUUCACUGGUCAAGUUGAACCAGUUGGAGUUUAAUAUGAAACUGUUGAUGAGUAGUGGUAACAUUGACAGUAGCGCCACCUUUGAGCUUUUACCCUUGUGAUAGGGGACCUUUAUUACAGUUCUCCUUCAGAUGGAGUUUGUGCAAUGACUAUGUACACUAUAUAUACAAAAGUAUGUGGACACCCCUUCAAAUGAGUGGAUUUGGCUAUUUCAACCACACCCAUUGCUGACAGGUGUAUAAAAUCAAGCACACAGCCAUGCAAUCUCCAUAGAAAAACAUUGGCAGUCGAAUGGUCUUACUGGAGAGCUCUGUGACUUUCAACGUGGCACUGUCAUAGGAUGCCACCUUUCCAACAAGUCAGUUUGUCAAAUUUCUGCCCUGGUCAACUGUAAGUGCUGUUAUUGUGAAGUGGAAACGCCUAAGAGCAACAACAACUCAGCCGCGAAGUGGUAGGCCACACAAGCUCUCAGAAAGGGACCGCUGAAGCAUGUAGCGUGUAAAAGAAUAACCUGUCACCCGUUGCACCACUCAAUACCAAGUUCCAAACUGCCUCUGGAAGCAACAUCCGCACAAGAACUGUUUGGACCUUCGUUAAAUGGGUUUCCGUGGCCGCGGAGCCUAAGAUCACCAUGUGUUAAGUGUUAAGGGUCGGCUGGAGUGGUGUGAAGCCAUUGGACUCAGUGGAAAUGUGUUCUCUGGAGUGAUGAAUCACGCUUCACUAUCUGGCAGUCCGACAGACGAUUCUCAGUUUGGAGGAUGCCAGGAGAACGCUACCUUCCCAAAUGCAUAAUGCCAGCUGUCAAGUUUGAUGGAGGAGGAAUAAUGGUCUGGGGCUGUUUUUCAUGGUUCGGGCUAGGCCCCUUAGUUCCAGUGAAGGGAAGUAUUUACGCUAUAGCAUACAAUUACAUUCUAGACGAUUCUGUGCUUCCAACUUGUGGCAACAGUUUGGGGAAGGCCCUUUCCUGUUAAAGCAUGACAAUGCCCCAGUGCACAAAGUGAGGUCCAUACAGAAAUGGUUUGCCGAGAUCAGUGUGGAAGAACUUGACAGGCCUGAACAGAGCCCUGACCUCAACUCCAUCGAACACCUUUGGGAUGAAUUGGGGGGUGGCAGGUGGCUUAGUGGUUAGAGCGUUGGGCCGGUAACCGGAAGGUUGCUGGGCCGGUAACCCCGAGCUGACAAGGUAAAAAUCUGUCAUGCAGAUUGUAUUAUCUGAAAGGAGGGCGAUAUUGGAGGCUCUGCAACUAUCUUGUUCAAACCUCAGUCUUUGUACCAAAACAAACGUAUAUCUUGUGGUAGUCUAUGCCUCUCCGUGCUAAACACUCAGAUUCAGAGUCUCAUGGGUAUCAUGGACUUUAUCUGUAUCUCCCUCCCAGAAAUGACAAGGCCUAGCAUUCUAGCACUGUUAUUGUUUAUAUUGUACACUAUGCAAGGGCAGCUUGAUUUGGGAGGGGAGAGACUAAAGAGAAUUUUCUGAUGUGUAAACCAAUAUUUACUUUUUGAAUUGGUUAAAUGUGGGUUAGGGUCUGGGUUAAGGUAAGGGUCGGUUUUAGAUUUGGCUAGUCUGUUUGCACGUCAGAAAAGUACAUUUAGUCUCACCCACUUAGCUGACCAUUCAGCAAGAGGAUGUGUUUCCUGAUGACAGUUCUUCUGCUGACCUCUCUUCAGUAUGAGAGGAGCGAUUCUACUGUAUAUCUCUGAUGCAAUUAAGUGUUAAACUGAAGAAUGUGGUUUCCACUAUGUUAUAACUGAUAUGGUCAAUUAUGCAAAGACAACAAAAUGUUCCGAUUCAUAAUUCCUAAGGCACACGAUCUAUGGAUGUGGUAUUCCUUUUUAAAAAGAUGGUGGUGUACUCACUUGCUGUACAUGCACAACAUUCAAUAUCUUAAACAUGCACUAUUGAUACAUCAGAAAUACUGUCAAGUUUUUACCUUUGGUCAUUAUUUGUAUUCUUAGUAUUAUUAUUAUUGGAGUAAUAACUUGGACUAAUAAUUUUUGACUCUCUUACACUGUCUCUCUGUUUCUGUCUUUCUCACACUCAAAUGAAGCAAUAGUCUGGAUAAAAAGACCAAGUGCCUUUUUCUUUCAGUAUUAAUUUGGCCAUUGAGAGACUGACGUGGUAAACGUGUAGGCUUGUUUGUCAAACAUGAUCUGCUCUGUUUGCUAUACAUUUACUUUACCUCGUGUGUGUACAUUGGCUGCGUUUACACAGGCAGCCCAAUUCUGAUAUUUUCCCCAAUUAUAGGCAAGAUGGCUUAUCUGAUUUGAUUUAAAAAAUAAAAAAAAUAGUCAGAUAAGCUAUCUUCCCUACAAUUGGGCAAAAUAUCAGAAUUGGGCUGGCUGUGUAAACGCAGCCGUAAAGACUAAAAUAUAUCGAACCCUUGUAACUUUACUGUUUUCUUUCCUUUGUCAUUUAUAUAAUGUGCACUACCAAACUUAACCAGUGACCCACAAUACGUUUUUUAUUCAGCUUUGUACUGUUUUGACAAAACUGUAAGAUUUGUUAUAAUUGUGUUUUAAACCUUACAAUCGUAGUUUUUUUUUGUUCAUAUUUGAUCAAUAAAAUGUUUUGAAUAUCCGA